CUCCCGUUCACAGGGAUCACACUUUGAUCCGGGGCUAUCAGCGGAUUCAUGACGACAAUCAUUAACCCCAGAAGCCGUCCGGAGGGGUCAAAGGUCAUCUGGGAGGGCUGGCUCAGUCCGACUGCUGUCAGCGGAGAGGGAACCCGUCUGCAACCACGCUGAACCUCCGCCCGUAGCGCCCCAAACCCGCAGUCAUGGACGCCCUGGCUGGCCUGCACCCCAGAGAGGUGGUGGAGCGGGUGGCGCUGUCGCUGGGCUGCAGCCCGACCUCCGCCCAGGUGGCCGCGCACCUCGACCAACACGACCAGCUGAGACAUCUCAGGGAAAAGUUCCUGGUGCCCAAAACAGCAACUCUGCCUCCGUCGGAUCUCUCUCUGGUGGACGGCCAGGACGAAUGCAUCUACCUGGUGGGAAACUCUCUGGGGCUCCAGCCCAGGACGGCCCGCAGAUACCUGGAGGAGGAGCUGGACAAGUGGGGACAAACGGGCGUCCACGGCCACACGGAGGGCUCCAGGCCUUGGGCGUGGGCUGAAAACAACAUCGAGCACCUCAUGGCAAAGGUUGUGGGAGCCAAGGCCGAGGAAGUGGCGCUGAUGAACGGCCUGACGGUGAACCUGCACCUCCUCAUGCUCUCCUUCUACAAACCAACGCCAACUCGACACAAAAUCCUCCUGGAGAACAAGGCCUUCCCUUCGGAUCACUACGCCGUAGAGUCUCAGAUCCGCCUGCGAGGAUUCGACCCGGAGCACAGCAUGCUGCUGGUGUCGCCCAGAGAGGGAGAAGAGACGCUGCGGACCGAGGACAUCGUGGAGGUGCUGGAGAGGGAGGGCGACUCCAUCGCCGUGGUGAUGUUCAGCGGCGUGCAGUACUACACGGGCCAGCUGUUUGACAUGGCCGCCAUCACCCAGGCCGGUCACAGGAAGGGCUGCUUUGUUGGCUUCGACUGCGCCCACGCGGCAGGCAACGUGGAGCUGAAGCUGCACGACUGGGGCGUGGACUUCGCCUGCUGGUGCUCCUAUAAGUACAUCAACUCCGGCGCUGGUGGUCUCGCCGGAGCGUUUGUUCACGAGAAUCAUAAACACACCAUCAAACCAGCGCUGUGUGGAUGGUGGGGACACAACCUGAAAACUCGGUUCCAGAUGGAUAACGUGUUGGAUCUGCAGCCUGGAGUGAGCGGCUUCAGACUCUCCAACCAGCCCAUCCUGCUGGUCUGCCCCCUGCAGGCCAGUCUGGAGAUCUUUGACCUGACCAGCAUGGCGGCGCUGCGUAGGAAGUCGGUCCUGCUGACCGGUUACCUGGAGUAUCUGAUCCAGCACUACUACACCCAGGACCCGGCCAACCCUCACAAACCUCACGUCAGCAUCAUCACGCCGGCGGACCCUGAGCAGCGAGGCUGCCAGCUGUCGCUCUGCUUCUCCGUGCCCAUCAGGAAGGUCUUCCAGGAGCUGGAGAGGAGGGGAGUGGCUUGUGACAUGAGGGAACCGAGCGUCCUCCGGGUGGCCCCGGUGCCGCUCUACAACUCCUUCAGAGACGUCCAUCGCUUCGUGGAGACACUGACAGCUGCUCUCAGGUCCACCAGCCAGUAGGACGGGUCUGCAGGAACCCCCAGGUGUGAGGGGGGGCGUCUGCUGACCGAUACUUCAGUCCUGCCGGCGGUCAGAAAGAUGUCUGGAAAAGCUCAUGCAACCUCAAAAACCACACAAUCUCUCUGGACCUCCUCCGUUGUUUUUGUUUGUUGCUGAGGUUUCACGUUAAUCGGCUGAAAUAAACUUUUUUCAGAAGCCAA